UUAAAAAUAAGUAUUAUGGAUAGAAGUUGGAUGUAUCGAAGACGAACUCAACGUGGUGAUCUUAAUCCAGAUUUUGUAAAAGAAUUGGAAACAUUUAUUCAGUUUGCAUGUAGUAAACCAGAUUUCAUGGAUGGAAGUAAAAUUCGAUGUCCGUGUGUAAAAUGUCAUCACAUCAAAUUUGAAGAAGCUGAGAUUGUGAGAUAUCACUUGUGUAAAUUUGGCUUUGUGCCAAAUUACUUUGAGUGGAAUAGGCAUGGAGAAAUGUCAAGUAGUAUCAUCGAAGAAAUAUGCACAAAGCGUAAUGAUGUUUGGAAUUUUGAAGACAAUAAGAAAAAGUCAGAAUUGGGUAAGAGAAAUAAAGGUGGGAUUGUUUUAGAUGGAGUUGCCCAAUCAACCCAUACCACAAGAUCAACACUUCAUCCCAAAGUUGUCAUUCAACAAGAAGAGCAAGUCUGUCCUCGCCCAUUUUAUUUUGAAUUAUCAAAGCGUACACAUACCAAAAAACAUGAUGUGCAAUUCAUAGUUGAGAAAGACAAACAAAUUCAUGAGCAAGUUGAAUUGCAACGGGGAAUUUUAACACAAAAUGGAGAGGAUAUAGAUGAGAGUCAAUUGUACUAUGAUGUGGUUGGCAGGCAUGAUAAGAAAAGAAGAGUUUAUGAACUUGACUCCAAAUCACAGCAAUCAAACAAUGAUGGUAUUUAGAAUUUGAAGACUUCUAUAUUUCUUAUGCAACAAAGAUUAGAUGCUCUUGACGGUGAGAGAGUUGGCACUUCAUCAUCACCCUCAUCGCAACCAUACUGAAAUUGAUAUUGAUUUUAUUUUAUAGAUUAUUAUAUUAUUGUUUAGGCAUGAAUUUGGCAUUAAGUACAACAUUAAGUUUUUUGAAUUAUAAAGUAGUACUCCAU